ACUAGCGGACCGGGAUCUCUGGAAGUCUGGCAACGUGACGAAGGCUCUCCUGCCAGUGCUCGACGGCUGAGAGCCUUCAUUCCCGGUCGCGGUGCACCUCGAGCCGAUUGCGUUCUGGGUUGAUGAAACAACACUGGACGUCUUUCAUCGAAAUUCGCUGUCACUCGUUAUGCAAUGACGACACUUCAUCUCCCAAACACCGACAUGGCGUCGCGCGAGGGACAUAAUGACUGGCCGCUGCCCGCCCCACCGCACAAGGCUACGCAUCGGUCGCCCAACGUCACUACAUAUGAACUGCCAUCUCCAACCACACAGGCCUCCCUCUAUCACCCUUUGACUCCCCCAGUCACGCCAUUCUUCACAUUCGAUCAACUUCGAUCACUUCAACCGUUGCCAUCGUUUUCCGCCCUCCCAGGACGCGACCACAAGAACGUCCGCCGAAAGAAAUCGUACCCUGACCUUGCUCGACCGUCGUUUGCAUCGCCACAACUUUCGACACCGAGUACGUCAUCGGCAUACUCACUUCCUCCCGCUUCUUCGCAAACUUUUCACCCGACGCGUCUUCCACCACUUCCACUUACGCCCGCGCAUCGCCCCCGCACCAAGCUUCCUUCCCUUUCUUCAACCAUCGACACGCUGCCCUCUACAGCAACGAACGCGUGUUUCCACCGCACUCCGUCGACCCUUCUUGCAGGCAACGCGUUCGCAAACCUUACGCCGUGUGAGCUCGUUCGGUGCAAACUCUAGCGGACAAAGGAAGCGCUCGGUCAGGUUCGAAGGAAAUCCCAACUCUCAAGAUACUGCCCAGUCGUGGAACCCAUCACAGCAGCGCGGUCGAGAAGAUCGCGAUUCAUCAUUUACUUCCAGCUUUUCACUUACGAAGUUCGCAUUUCCGGAGCCUCCAGUCUACACUUGGAUUGGGACGUCAGCGCACUC